AUGGAGUGGGAAGAAGCAACCAAGCUGAGGUUGUUUCAGAUGAAUGAAAUGGAUGAAUUGCGAUUCCAUGCCUAUGAAAGUGCGCGUUUGUACAAGGUGAAGAUGAAGUACUAUCAUGAUAUGAAGAUUCUCAAGGGGGACUUUCAGAAGGGUGAUUCUGUUCUACUGUAUAAUUCCACGCUGAACCUUUUUUCAGGUAUGUUGAAAUCACGGUGGUCCGGACCUUUCGAAUUGGUUAGUGUUUCACCCAAUGGCUCGAUGGAAUUGAAAACCAUGGAUGGAACUUGGACAUUUCCGGUUAAUGGCCAUAGGAUGAAGCACUGCCAUUGGUGCAUUGAUGGAGAUAGGAUAGUGGAUAGGCACAGGCUAAAGCAUAGAUACAAACCUGACCCGGAGUAA